UUGAAAAUAGUCAGGUCUGGUUUAAAUAAGUGUUAUUGCAGACCGUUAGAUCAAGGCGCCUACACUUGUGAAGCGAUCAACGUAAAAGGCCGUGUUCUGGCCACGCCUGAUUGUAUCGUCCGCAUCGUUAGCAUUCCAGCUCCGGAGCCGCAGCCACAGCAGCAGACUCGCUGUAAUGUAGUGGGCUCUGUUAGCCCGGUUCCGGAUCAUACUGGACGCUGUCAGUGCAAGCCCCUUGUGGUGGGCGUAGCUUGCGAUUCGUGUAGCCAAGGAGCGUACCAUCUGCAUCAGAAAGCACCAGAAGGUUGCCUGAAAUGUUUUUGUUUCGGUGUCACCGACCAGUGCCGCUCUUCCUCUUGGUACAGGACAAAGGAUAAACUGAUCCUAAACGGCGAGUCGCAAGGUGUGCAAAUAUCAGAUGUAGAUGGACAUGCACAGAGUUCCGACUUCGAUUUCAGCAUACCAGGGAUGAUAACACACAGAGAGCCGCAUUACCAGACGGUUUACUGGAAGUUACCUCCGCGAUUCAUAGGAAACAAGCUCACUGCUUACGGCGGCGAACUGGCAUUCGAUCUGCAGUAUUCAUGUGCGGGACCUCUGAACAACGAGCCACUUGUCAUUCUUAAAGUAAGUUUUCGAGGUUUUUCGCUCCCGUAUUUUCAUAGGCACGCACGGACAAACGUUGAAAACGGUUUGACGUAAAA